GCAUUAUAAAAAAGAGAGCUGGAAACCCUGAGAAAAGCUUCUCGGUUUAGUCUGGGAAUUUUUGGACCGUAAGGCGGCUACUUUAACAAGGGAUUCUUUCAGCUGUGGAGAAAAGUGUGAGAAUCCCUUGCAAACAAAGAGCUAUAGAGUGAACGAGCAGAGCACUGAAGGGUAUGACAUAUGAAAGGUCCAUGUGAAAGGUAAACAAGACACUUCCAGCCCUGAUUUGGACUUCUACUUAAAGGUCUGGGCAUCAUGACACACCACAGUCAGAUCCAGCUGCUGCCGGCAGACAAACUCAUCCUGUUGCUUUCAGAAGGUGACCAUGUUUCGUCUCUCACUCUUUCUGUGUGUGGUUUAUCUCGGACUGCUCUGUCUCACAGGGGCAGAGGAAAACCAAGCUGAACCAAGGGAAAAAAGGAAUGUGCCUAACUGGGCAAUGACAUCUUCAGACUUUUUCGGCUGGAUUGAAGAGCUGCGUUCUCAUGCUGGUUAUGACAAGAUCGAGGAAUUGGCCAGAACUUUCUGGGCUCACUUCCCUUCUGCCAGCCGCCUGGGUUACGACCCUCCCGCUCCAGAAGAAUAACUCCAUCUGAGUCUGAGUCUGUGUUAUUGAGAGCAUUUGCCCCUUUCAUUAUGGCACGGCUCUUGGAAAAAGAGACAAACAGACUUUAUUAUUCAGCUAGACUUGAUUUGAGCCAGGGCAAGAUACCUUGAGAUAGAAGGUUUUUUUUCUUGGUUAAAUGUUACAUAAAACCUGUUUUGUAAUAGCAUCCAAAUCAAGUAAAAGUGUUUUGUUCACAAA